AUGGCUCUCACACCAGAUAGUGCCGUAUCAAUCGAACUCAAGAAUAGUCUAACAAAUGAACUUUGCAGACGAUAUGAAAUAGAGUCAGAUGAUGCAAAAGAUAUAUCAGAAUAUGUUGUUUAUUGUAUCAUACAGGGUAAAAGCACGGAAGAUAUUGUUGUAGAAGUCAAAGAAGUAGCAGGAAUCCCAAUAGAUACCCAAUUUGUACAACAAGUGUAUGUGGAAAUUGAAAAUAUUGAAAGAAGGGCAAAUCAAGGUGACAAUAAUAGUGGGACAUCGCAUACAACCAUCACACAAUCACAACAUCACGUAAAUCACUCAAUCCCAACUUCACAAAUAUCGCAAGAUUUACAGCAUCAGCAACCAUCAAUAAAGACCGAAGUACAAUCUUCUGAUGCAUCAGCUUCUCAAGUUACGAAUAAUAUUGGUCAUUCAAAUACUCAAACUUACCCUCCAGUGAAAAAGGAAUCACCUACGUUGAUAUUUUCACCGUUAAUUUCAUAUAACACCCAAGAUCAGAAUAAAUCAAGCACAUCAACUUUUCCUGCUGGACCAAAAGCUUUAACUGAUAAGGAGAGACUAGCAUUAAGAAGUAAAAGAUUUGGGAUCACCACAAAAAGUUCCACAUCUUCAUCCUCAAAGUCAAGAUUGAACACAGGAGGAGGUGUUGGUAAAAAACCUGUCGAUCGUUCAUCUCACAUUAAUAGAUCAUCCCAAGCUACAAAACACUUGGAAGAAUUUAUUUCAACAGGAGGAAAAGAUACCACAAAUAAUUUUAGAUUUAUUCCUCGCCCGCCAAAAGGCAGAUGUCCAGAUUUUCCUAAUUGUACAAAUAAGCAAUGUCAUUUAGCUCAUCCUACUAGAAAUUGUUUUGCAUAUCCUAAUUGUCCACAUCCACCAGGCGUUUGUAAUUAUUUACACCCAGAUCAAGAUCAAGAAUUAAUAGAGAAAUUAGAUCAAUCUAAUAAAGAAUAUCAACAAAAACAAGCCAAUUUAAUAAUGGUUCAACAAGGUUCAUGUAGAUUUGGUUUGAAAUGUGCAAAAGAAAAUUGCCCCUUUGCUCAUCCAACUCCUUCUAAUCCAGAUGCUAAAAUAGAAACUUUAGAUUGGUGUACAGAAGGUGUCAAUUGUCAAAACAAAGAUUGUACCAAGUCACAUCCACGUCCAUCUAAUACUCAAGCUCAACCUUUACCAUCAAUGAAUCAAAUAGCAUUGGAACAAUGUAAAUUUGGAAUGCUGUGUACAAACUAUAAAUGUCCAAGACGACAUGCCACUUCUGCCGUUCCUUGUCGAUCUGGUGCGGAAUGUAAAAGAUUAGAUUGUACAUUUAAUCAUCCUUUAGCUGAGCCAUGUCGUUUUGGCAUUAACUGUGCUAGUGCAAUGUGUAUGUAUCAACAUCCAGAAGGAAGAACUGUGGUAUCUCAUCAUUGGACAAAGGAUGAACCAAGUGGUAAUGGUGGUGUAACAAACUUCGGAACUAAUAGUCGUCAAUUUGCUGUUAAUGAAGAUCAAGUUAUGGAACAAGUUGUUCAAGAUUAA